GGUUCUGUCAAAGGCAAAGAAGGAUGACGCAGAUGAAGAGAUCGCGAAGUACGAUGGUAAAUGGGCCGUAGAAGAAAUGAAGGACACCAAGCUGCCCGGCGAUAAAGGUUUGGUCCUGAAGUCCAGAGCCAAACAUCACGCCAUUUCCGCACCAUUGCUGCGACCUUUUACCUUCGAUUCCAUGCCCCUUGUCAUCCAGUACGAGGUGAACUUCCAGUCCGGGAUUGAUUGCGGCGGCGCCUACUUGAAGCUGCUGAGUGAGACGCCCGGCCUGGACCUGGACCAAUUUGUGGACAAGACAGCGUACACCAUCAUGUUUGGACCCGAUAAGUGUGGAGAAGAUUACAAGCUGCACUUCAUCUUCAGGCACAAAAACCCCAAAACCGGGCAUUACGAGGAGAAGCACGCCAAGAAACCCGACGCCGACCUACGGUCCUACUUCACCGACAAGAAGACGCACCUGUACACCCUGGUGGUGAACGCUGACAACAGCUUUGAAGUUCUGGUGGAUCAGACCGUGGUGAACAGCGGCAACCUGCUGAAGGACAUGACACCCCCUGUAAACCCCCCUGCUGAGAUUGAGGACCCUGACGACCACAAACCGGAGGACUGGGACGAGAGGCCAAAGAUCCAGGACCCUGAUGCCGUGAAACCCGAAGACUGGGACGAGGACGCUCCUGCUCAGAUUCCCGAUGAAGACGCCGUGAAACCGGACGGCUGGUUGGACGAUGAGGCCGAGUACAUCGGAGACCCUGAUGCCAUCAAACCUGACGACUGGGAUGAGGACAUGGAUGGAGAAUGGGAGGCACCUCAGGUCCCCAACCCCGCCUGCGAGAGCGCCCCCGGCUGCGGCCCCUGGAAGCGGCCGAUGAUUGACAACCCCAGUUACAAGGGCAAGUGGAAGCCCCCCAUGGUGGACAACCCCAACUACCAGGGGAUCUGGAAGCCGAGAAAGAUUCCCAACCCAGAUUACUUUGAGGACCUGGAGCCGUUCAAGAUGACGCCGUUCAGUGCUCUGGGGCUCGAGCUUUGGUCCAUGACCUCUGACAUCUUCUUCGACAACUUCUUCAUCACCAACGACCGCAACACAGCCGAGCGCUGGGCCGCCGACAGCUGGGGGCUGAAGAAGGCAGCAGAGGGCGCUGCUGAGCCGGGUCUGGCAACCCAGAUGCUAACUGCUGCAGAGGAGCGACCCUGGCUCUGGAUCGUCUAUGUCCUCACUGUGGCUCUUCCUCUCGUCCUCAUCAUCGUCUUCUGCUGCACGGGCAAGAGCUCCUCCGGGUCGGCUCAGGACUCGCUGAGUCUCACCAGCUUACAGGAGGAGCUAAAGGGAGCCGGACGCCUCCAGCCGGAAAAGAAGACUCCAGCAGCUGAAUACAAGAAGACAGACGAACCUCAGCCUGACGUGAAGGAGGAAGAAGAGGAAGAGGAGGAAGAGGAUAAGGCUGAGGAGGCGAAGAGCAGUCCAGCUGCAGAGGACAAGAGUGAUGAAGAAGAAGCUGCUGCUGAGGAAGAGGAGGGAGAGAAAGAGGCCACGACAGAAGAGAGAGAAGACGAUAUUCUGCGAAGAUCUCCCAGGAGCAGGAGGCUCAGAAAGGACUGAUAGAUCUCAACUCUGACCUCCUGACCUCCUUCCCCUCCCCUCGUCUUCCUCCUCAUCUUCCUCUUUCCUGAGGCCACGAAGCCUGAACGGAUCCGGUAAAAGCAUUGAAGCCGACAGAAAUUUGAUGACGAUUCCAGCUCGAUCCGGUUUUGGACGUUUUGUUUUAGAGCUUAACUGAGAUUCACUAAAACUUCCUGCAUCAUUCCAACCUGCAGGGGGCGACGUUCUGUCUGCUCCUCCAAUCAGCAGCCUGUUGACAGGAAGACGGUCGCCCCACUGGACUGGACGGGCGGCUGACCAACCGGCCCACAGAUAACCAACUACUAACCGCUAGCCGUAGUGCUUCAGUGUUAGCCUGCUAGUGAUUGACAAAUAAAUGUUAAUUUAUUUGUCAAUUCCAAAUUAUCGACCUCAGAGUUGCAGUUAAGCAGCCUAAUAAAGCCAGAGCUUAGCGGCUGGAGGAGGCUUAAACUGUGAACACUCCGAUUUUUCUCCAUGUCUGUUGUCCUGUCAGUGCUAGAGCUGGCUGUCUGUUAGCUUCUUCCUGAAACACUGUCUGCUGUCGUUGGGUCAGACAGGAAAACCUGGAUGUUUGGCUCACCUGCCUCCUCCAGCUCAGCGCCACGGAGGCUCCGCCCCCUUUCUAUAAUACUUUAAAUUAAUAACUGCUGAAAUAAUCAUGAUAAAAUGUCAUUAAUAUAUCAAUAAUUUUUUAAAAAUUGAAAUAAAUGCAGCAAAGAUUAAAUAUUGAAUUACAUGUGUCUCAGUUAAACGUAUUUUAUAAUUUUACCCGUCACUCAGUGGGCGGGAUUAUGGAAGCUGACGUCUGAUUGGCUGCUGCAAACAGCUAAGUAAACACAACUUCCCAGCUAGCUCCGACUCUCAGCUCAAAAUUUUCACUUUAAUUGUGGAGAUGAUUUUAGUAGCAAUUAAAUUAUUUACUUAUUACAAACUGUGGGUGAGCAACUCCCGGCCAGCGAUAUUGUUAGUCCGUUGUUCACAGACUGUUAGCCGCCGUUAGCUAGCAGGCGGGGCUAGCAGUGAUGCUGCCUGACCACAGUGAGCGCUGCUGACUUCAUCAGCAAUAUUUCAAACUACAGAAGUAGAGGCUGCAGUUUCUCCUCCUGGGUUUGUAGUAAAUAAAUAUUAAUUUAUGUCAAUUCCAAAAUAUCGACCUCAGAGUUGCAGUUAACUGGGCAGAAGAUGACUUGCUGUUUGAAGGAGCCAAUCAGAUGUCAGUUUGCCUUAAUCCCGCCCACUUCGUUUGACUGUUUAUUGAUGUGCUUCAGCACAGGAACAUAAAAUUAUUAAAUCAUGAAAUCUAGUUUGUGAAAUUAAAUCACCCUCAUAUAAUUGAGGCACAUAUAGUUCUAUAUUUAAUAAGUUAUAUAUUUCAAGUUUUGAUGUAUUUAAAUGUCAGAACCUCAGGUGUCCUGUCCUGCCAACUACCAGAACGGAGGUGGUGCUCCUCCAUUGUUGCCCCUGAGCUUCCUGUUAACUUCAUCAUGACGUCACACAUAACCUCUGUUUCAUCCAAUCACUGCACAGCUUGUAAUAAAAAUGGAACCAAAUGCGAAAAAUCCUGAUAAUCUCAGAAAUGAUAAAGUUCAGCUCUGUAAUCGUUUCCUUAAAGCAGGAGUGUCAAACUCCACUCCUGGAGAAAAUCUUGCUGUCCUGCAGAUUUUAGAUGAGCCACAGGUACAAAACCCUGGAAUGAAACGGCUUCCUGACCAUCAGAUCUGCAGAGCCUUAACGAGCUCGUUAUUCUGUCCAGGUGCUGCAGCAGAGGCUCAUCUGAAAGUGGCAGGCCAGCCAGCGGCCCUGCAGGACUGGAGUUUAACAUCUGUACCUUAAGGAGUCAUUUUCAGCAGAGUUCUGUGAAGUUGCUCUCGGUAGUCAGUAUGUGACCUGCAGGAUGAAAUUAGACUGAGCUGGCUGACGUUUCAUUGGUUAUCCCUGUGCAGCUGAACUGGAUUUAAUGUUUUUUUUUUUUUACAAAGCGUUUCCUCUCUGACUCUUUGCUUGUGCUUAAACUCUGAGGGACAAUAGUUUCUGACGUUUUCUAACAGGUUUUUUGUAGAAUUUAAGUAUUUUGAAGUCCCACAGGUCUUCCCCAGUCUUCAGGCUUAUAUAGAAAUCAUGGAGCAAAUGUCUAAAAAUGAUUUAAUUUCACUGUUUUUGUGUUUAGAAUAUGUUGUUUUCUUGUUAAAAGAUGUAAAAAUCAGGAUUUUCUAGAGGUUGAUCAUGUGAGGGGGGUUCACAGCCAAACAGUUUCCCGCUGGGUGCCCGCUGGGAUUGGCCGGUCCGUGGGUUGAUCUGGACGGUGAGUUCGGGGGCUGAUCGCUCUCUGACUGCGAGCUGAACACUGUAUCUGCUGCGGUUUUACUUCCUGUGGCGAUUCAGAGCGACCGGCAGCAGAAACCCAGCUGUGAAUGAAACACUGUGAUGAGGGCCUGAUGUCAGUGAAGCAAAUGUUUGUUUUGAUGAAUAAAAAUUGCUGAAUGGAAACAAACAA